AUGGACGGCGAGACAAGGCCACUACUAGCUGAUACGAACAUAGAGCCCAUUCCUGUAGCAAACAAUGCCACCGACCGUGUAGCUCAGGAGGGUGAAACGCCGUCUCGAUCUAACAAACUACCAUGGUGGAAGACACCGAGUCCGAUGAUGAUCAUAAUACCCCUGUUUUUCCACGUCUUGAGUGCUAGCUUGACAUUGGCUCCCUCCACGCAAUUUUUUCUCCUGUACUUGUGUGGUCAAAUGAAGGCAUCAGAAGUUGCAGCUCAUGGUGAUUUCACAUCGUGGUUGCCUCUUGGAUUCGUAAGGAUACCUGGCUCCUCGUUGGACCUCCCCUCCUUUGAACAAUGCAAUGCCGACAAGGUCUUUCAGGAGCACGUCCAACAAUUGGCAACGUCUUGGAGUAUGGCUUUAGCUCUUUGUACGUCGAUACCGGCUAUAUUCGCGGUACCUUUCAUUGGAAUUCUAUUAGACAAAUUCGGUAGAACCACAACCAUAAAGUUCCCCAUAAUAUCGCUUCUUGCUGGUGUCUUGGGUCUGAUAUCAGUCGCCCGUCUCGGAUUUGGCAUGUGGAUAUUGAUCUUGACUCAUUUGGUUCAAGGCCUACUAGGUGGAUUUCAAGUAUUCGUUAUGGUGGCCUUUAGCUAUCUGUCGGACGUUUCUACGGCUAGGAAGCGAACUACAACGUUUGCUCGCAUGGAGGCAAUGCUAUUUCUGGCCUUUUUAGGAGGACCAUUCGCGGGCGGCUUGCUCGCGACAAUUGAUGUAGUGGUGCCAUUUUAUGUGUGUGCUCUAGGAGAAGUCCUUGUGCUGCUCUAUGUAUUGCUGAUAUUGCCAGAAUCAAUGGGCUUUGUACCCGAAGACAAGGAUAUCGAGCCAAGCAGUAUCUCAAGUACUCCAUUGACUUCGAGGAGUCGAGCUGGCAGUGUCAGUGCAUCAACUAAUGCUAGUCUCGGUAACGUCAAAUCCAACAUGCUUGAAACCAUGAGUGUUUUCUUCGUAUCCCGAUUAGACGCACAUGGACAUAAGCAAGGAAAACUAUCUCGACUGCUGCUCGUGACGCUUGCGUUUAUAAUGGCUAUUAGUUUCGCUGGUUUGCAGUUUUCGUUCAUAUUCUACACUGCUCUUCAGUUUGGUUGGGAUAGUUACGACGACGGAUUGUUCCUGCUGAUACUCGGAAUUGGACGCAUUCUAUCUGUAGCUGUCAUAUUGCCAUACACGCUGAAAUUCAUACCCAAGGCUGCAACAGCUCUAUAUCGAACCACAUUUGAAAUGUGGAUUGUAAGACUCGCAAUUCUAUGCAAUGUCAUUGGAUUUAUCUGUUUUGGAUUUGCUACUGCCGGAUGGCAAUUCUUUGUAAUUGGAGCGGCUGAUUCGUUUGGGUCUGUGACACUGCCAAUGGUUCGAGCUGUGUUGAGUCGAUCUGUAGAUAGUUCCCUUCAAGGCCGUUUGUUUUCAGCUAUAGCAUUGGUAGAAACCGUAUCUGGGGCCGCCAGUCCACUAUUAUUUGGAAGUCUAUAUCGCUCAACCGUAAUGUGGAUGCCGCAGUUGAUCUUCUUUGCUAUUGCAGGAUUGUAUGGGCUUGGACUGCUGAUUACCUUUGGCGUAAGGUACCACGAACUAGUCUUGUUUGGUGGAGAUGAGGUCGCUGCUGAAACUGCCAAUGGUGAUGAGUCUGCCGCACUGCUAGAACCUGAAGCUUCUCCUUCGUCAUCGAGUAAAAGUAAUGAGAGAUCACUGCUAGUGAGGGUUGCUGAAGAAGUUGAGGAGGAGUUAGGUGGUCAUCUGCUCGAUAAAGGCCCACUCUUGGACUACUUUCAGUGCAUCACUGACUAUAAAUUCGAUCCCUCUCCAGUUCUUUUACUCGAACGAAUCGUCUUUGCCUUCCCGACAAACGCUACAUCCGACAUUGAAUCAGCUUCAUCACCAAACAUGCAAGUAGACACCACCCAAGAACAAGUAUCCAAAGAUGUGAGACGAGAAAUAUCAAAACAGGCAAUCUUCUCACCAGACGCCAAUCCAACUGGUGAACUGGUGAAAACAGUCGGGUCGUCCAAAUUCAAAUCUGACAUGCCACUAGCGGAAUUACGAAAGCUGUAUCUAAGGCCACCGGUCACUUUGUCUCCAAUCACUAACGAGCAUGGGAUGCUGGUGUAUGGCAAAGACUCCAAGACAUAUCCUGCUGUUAGGAGACUAAAACAGGCUGAAAAGAAGAGAAUAUUGGUUACAGGUGGUGCUGGAUUUGUUGGAUCGCACCUGGUUGAUAGGCUGAUGCUUAUGGGGCAUGAUGUUACUGUCGUCGAUAAUCUAUUUACAGGCUCGAAAAAGAACAUAGAACACUGGAUUGGUCACCCUCAUUUCGAUUUCAUCCGACACGAUGUCAUCAACCAUUUCAUGGUUGAAGUAGAUCAAAUAUAUCACUUAGCAUGUCCAGCUUCUCCACCACAUUACCAGUACAACCCUAUCAAAACGGUCAAGACAUCCGUCAUGGGCACAAUCAAUAUGUUGGGGUUAGCUAAACGAGUUAAGGCUCGAUUCUUGUUAACUUCCACGUCUGAAAUAUAUGGUGAUCCAGAAGAACAUCCUCAGAAGGAGUCGUACUGGGGACGUGUCAAUCCAAUUGGACCUCGUGCAUGCUAUGAUGAAGGCAAACGUGUCGCAGAAACAUUAACGUAUUCAUACCAAAAUCAAGACAAGGUCGAUGUGCGAGUGGCACGAAUCUUCAAUACUUUUGGACCACGAAUGAAUGCCGAAGACGGACGUGUCGUAUCCAACUUUGUCAUCCAAGCACUCAAAGGAGUUCCAUUAACCAUAUACGGUGACGGAGCCCAAACUCGUUCCUUCCAAUAUGUACAUGAUCUAGUUGAUGGUCUGAUUGCUUUGAUGGAAAGCGACGCUACAGAUCCCGUCAACUUGGGUAAUCCGGAAGAAUAUACAAUCAAACAAUUUGCAGAGAUUAUUAGAGACGUGGUGGAUAAUAGUACGGAAAUCAUAAAUAUGCCUGCUACUACUGACGAUCCGCAACGUCGAAGGCCUGAUAUUACACGAGCCCAAACUGUGCUUGGCUGGGAACCCACAUUUUCUGUUGCGCAAGGUAUUGAGGAGACUGUCGAGUACUUUAGAAAUAUAUUGCCAGAACUAUAA